CUGCCCCCAAGGUCCCUAGCGGCAGGGAGCUCACAGAGCUAAAGCGAACAUCACGUCGCGACUCCCCUUGCAUACGCGACCCGCAACCUCAUCUCAAGCAUGCGCAACCGUAUGUCGCAACACGCCCAACAGCCACCAUCGAUUCUCCAGUGUCAAAUGCAUCUAUAGCGCUCGAUGCGCCGCCCACCAGGCCGACCAAACACACUCUCAUUACACUCCUUCCGACAAAAUGGCCUCCACCGAAGAGGACGCAGACGCCAUGGACAUUGAGGUGUCGCCCAAAGACAGGACCUCGGUCGAACACGACAUACACCAGUCGCUCGGUUCCAUCAGCAACUCCGUCGAGUCCCUCGAAAUGCGCGCCGAUCCAGACGCGCAAGCUACUGUCACCGACUUCCUCGACUUUACCGAAUACCUACCUUCCGAUAUGACGCGAUCGUUGACUUUGAUCGGCAAGCUCGACCAAACAUAUACCGAAGCGUCAAUCAACGUUCACAACCUCACCUCGACCUGGGGCAAGCUACCUAGCAUUCCUGCCGAAGAGCGUCCAUCUCCAGUACAGUUGCGCGCAGACAUUUCUGACAGUCUGAACCAUGCCGUCAGCUCGCGCGUUUAUGCGCACGCCGAGGCAGUUCGCAUGUCUGAGAAUGUCAACCGUCACUAUAAUCGCGCAAAUACGAUACUAGCCAAGUUGAAGAACCUGCUGGAGAAUUAUCCGGCGGAGGAACAAAAGAGUCCCGUGGCGACUUCCAAGUCUCAGCUUGUCCGAGCGCCGCGGGUGAUGCGAAAUGAAGACGGCGAAAAGGUGCGAAGGCCACGAAUCCCCAGGAUUACUGUGCCUGGCGAAGUGCUGCCGCCUUACGACCAAUUUGUGGCGUACUCGGACGACAGCGACGAGAGCUCCGAAGAGGAAGAUGACGAAUCCCUUGGCCGGACGCCAGCUCGAACGACACCAGCACCGCGGAUCAAAGUUGUCAAAACCCCCAAGGCCAGGCCCCCAAAGACACCAAAGGCUGCGUCCUCAGCACGACCUCCAAAAUCUGUUGCGGGCCCGGCUGCCGCGCCAACUCCUGCUGUUGUGCUGCAGCCUCCGCCAGAGAAUGCCGUGAUAGGAAGCGCGGAUGCUCCCUGGUUGCAAUUAACGCCGUGGGAACUUGCUAGGCUUAGAAAGCGCAUGAAGAAGAAUGCAACCUGGAGUCCAAGCGAUACCAUGAUUCUACGAGAACUUAAGACACUCGGCCGUGGAAUUGAUGCCUACAAGGAGGCGAAAAAGAAGGCUGAGGACGAGGGCAGAGUCUUUGACCAAGUGCCCGCGGCUCUGGCUCCUGAUGCUGAAGCUGGGAAUAAACCAAUCCCAGAAGGUGCCAUUAGCGCCGCUGCGCUUGCGUCUGAUGAUAUCCAGCUAAGCAAUCGGGGCAUGAAGCUCAACGAGGCCAAGAAACUCAAGCGAGAGUCACUGGCUAAACAAGCCGCAGAAGAGGCGGAAGAGUCAGCCAGACAGUUUAGGGAAGCUGCAAGGCUUUUGAUGUCUCAUGAAGCAUCGUCGUCAUCGGUCGCGAACAACAACAACAAUAACAACAAUAACAACACUACUACACCCUCCACUUCGAAUAAUAAUCCUGCCAACGCAGCUGCAGAUCAGCCAAAGGGUGCAAGCAAAGCGAAGACUCCAGCCAAGCCAAAAGCCAACGGCAACAAGCGGAAAAGAGAUUCUUUCCCAGAAGCCGAGGCCGAGAAGCCUGAGCAGCCGCCAGCUGAGACACCAGCGCCUCGUCCCGCUCCAAAGCGCACCAAAACGGAAACUCCGGUCCCACUCCCUCAUCAGCGAGCCAGUCUCACUGCACAAUCCCUAGCAGAGCCUCCUGUACCGCCUCCUGUUCUUACACCAGGCGGUACUGCGGUCACUCCUAAGAUGACGACCCCAGUGCCGAUACCUGUUCCCGGACAGGAUGGCUCGGCCAUAGGCCCUGGCGCUGCGGCUGCAAAGCCGGCCAACACAUCCGCGCCGGCUUCUUCACCAACUGGUUCAGUUGGGCCCCCGGCUUCAGUCGCAAGCACUGUUCCGGCAAGUAUACUGACCAAGCCACCCGCGGAGACGCCAAUACCGCCACCCGUUCUGUCUCCUAAAAAGUCUACCACGCCCAUUCUUCCUCCGGUGCGUGACUCUGCAGCUCGAAGGGAGACAAGGGGGGAGAUGGCAAAGAAGAAUCAGCAGCAACUGGAGAAUCUUACUCCGGUGCCGGCGCCGCAGAUUCCGCAAGCACAGCGCUCGUCGUCCGCAGCGCCUUCGAUCAAACAAUCGAGCCCGCGUGCGGCGACACCGGGUACAACACCGGUGCCCGACGGCCAAGGGAGACGUCCCAGCUCGCGAGGAAAAGCUAUGAGUCAAGAGCCACAGCCUUCGCUAGCAACUGACCGACCCCGUCGCGCUAGUACCGCGCGGAAUACGCCAGCUCCCGAGCAGCGACAGCAGAGCAAGAGGACUAGAAAGCCUGUGCCUGGUAUCGUCAGCAAGACCAACGCUGGAGGCAGCAGUGCCGUGGGUAAGCGAAAAGCGGCUCCCAAGAAGAAACGCGCUCAGAAAAAGGAAAAGGGCCAGCCGAUCGAGAUCGAGUUGGAAGAAGACGACGAGGGUAAUCCAAUCGACCCGAAAGAACCACGAUACUGCGAUUGCAACAGAGUCAGUUUUGGCGAGAUGAUUGCGUGCGACAAUGAUAAUUGCGACAAGGAAUGGUUCCAUCUAGAGUGUAUGGGUAUGACCCAUAUUCCUGCGCGCACAACGAAGUGGUACUGCCCCGACUGCCGCCUCCGUUUGAACAUUGGGGAGAAGGGCGAGAUUAAUGCUAGGGGGAUUAAGGCUUGAGAGGAGGUCCCAGAUGCGAGGUAUGGCGCUGAAUUAUGGGGAGAGAACUCUAACGGCGUUUUGGAGGGGAUUUUAGGAGCGAGGAGUGAAGUUGCCGGGGCUUAUGAUGGACAAAGAGCCAGUCUUGUAUCAACAGUAAAUGAAAGCUGCACCACGGUGUGGCUGUUACGGCACCCGAAAAUUGCUAUAGGACAGAUGACGAUGAUGCCC